GACAUGGAGUGACAGUGUUUGAUGGGUGUCCGCGUCCCACUGCUGUAUUUAUCCUGGAUUUUAGCUGAACCAGACGGUGACACGGGCCGGGGCUGCCGCUGUAUGCUGGUGCAGGGUUGGUGGCUGCCAGGAGACCCCCAGGGAGGCCAGGCGCCGCUCACAGGGACCAGGAAGGCUUAAAAUAUUGGUGGCGGGAAGGCGGCGUCAGUCACCACUCAGACACGACGGGGGAAGGACGCGCGCUCUCCGACUCCCACCAUGUCUCCUGAAAUUAAGAAAACUCGAAAUACCCAGAAGUCGUCUACGUCACAAUUAACGCUAGACAAAGCCUUCAUGAAGUACAGGCAGUGUGACAGCCCUGCAGUGUGGUGGGCAGUGUUUGGGGCUGUCUGUCUUCUCACGGCAGCCACGCGAUUCUAUAACGUCGGACAGCCUGAGCAUGUCGUGUGGGACGAGACACACUUCGGAAAAUUUGGAAGUUGGUACAUCAACCGAACCUUCUUCUUUGACGUGCACCCACCCCUCGGCAAGAUGCUGAUAGGUGCGUUUGGCUACCUGACGGGAUACGAUGGCACCUUCCCGUUCGUUAAGCCUGGCGAUUCCUAUGAGGGUGUCUCGUACAUAGGAAUGCGUGUGUGUUGCACAGCCAUGGGGGCGUGUCUGGUGCCGUUCGCCUUCAUCAUUGUUUGGGAGAUGACCUUGUCCCUCCCCGCUGCCACGUUCGCCUCCUCCCUCAUACUGUUUGAUAUAGGCCUUCUGACUUUGACCCAGUAUAUUCUGCUUGACCCCAUUCUCCUCUUCUUUAUAAUGGGGUCAGUUGUUGGAAUGGUCAAAUUUCAUGCACAGAGAGAAAGGGCAUUCUCAGGGUCAUGGUGGGGGUGGCUGGCCUUCACAGGGUUCAUGCUGUCAGGGUCAGUGUCCACGAAGUUUGUGGGGCUGUUUGUGGUGGUGUUUGUCGGCCUCCACACCAUCGCCACACUCUGGGACCUGUACGGCGACCUUCGGAACCCCCUGAGCCUCGUCGCCAAACACUUCCUCUCCAGGGCUCUUGGUCUAAUUCUACUGCCGAUCAUUUUGUAUUGCGCCUACUUCUACAUCCACCUCACCAUUCUGUGCAAGAGUGGUAAUGGCGAUGGGUUCUACAGUUCCGCCUUCCAGUCGCAGCUUGAAGGAAAUUCUCUCUACAACGCCAGCAUGCCCCUGGAGCUUGCAUACGGGGCUGAGAUCACCCUCAAGAACGCAAGGACGGGUGGCGGGUACCUACACUCGCACAUACACCUCUAUCCGGAGGGGGUGGGGGCUCGGCAGCAGCAGAUCACUACAUACUCGCACAAGGAUUUUAAUAAUAAGUGGCUGGUGAAGAAGUGGAACGAGGAACCGGCAGACUGGGAGGAUGAAGACGAACCAAUUGAACUUGUGAAGAACGGGGACUUGGUGAGGCUGGAGCACGUUCCGACUGGCCGUAACCUGCAUUCUCACAGGGAGGCCGCGCCGGUGACCAAGCGGCACCACCAGGUCACCGGCUAUGGGGAGAACGGCGAGGGGGAUGUCAAUGAUGUGUGGAGGGUGGAGGUGGAGGGAGGUGCGGAGGGGGUACCUGUGAAGACUGUGGUUCAUCGCCUGCGUUUAGUCCACUACCUCGUUGGCUGUGCACUCAUGUCACACAACAAGCAGCUGCCCAAGUGGGGUUACGAGCAGAUGGAGGUGACCUGUAACCCCAACGUGCAUGACCCCAACAACCUGUGGAACGUGGAGGACAACCAGUUUCCCCGCUUGCCAAACUCCAGCUUCGAGAUUUAUGCCCCGAACUUCAUUGAAAAAUUCAUCGAGUCGCACACCGUCAUGUUUCAAGGCAAUUCUGGGUUGAAGCCUAAGGAAGGGGAGAUCACAUCGCAACCUUGGCAGUGGCCCAUUAAUUUCAAGGGCCAGCAUUUUUCAGGAGGUAGUUCAAAAAUUUAUCUGCUUGGGAAUCCUGUUGUGUUUUGGAGCAAUUUGGCAGCUCUUCUCCUCUUCCUGUUCCUGCGCCUCCACUUCGCUUACCUGUGCAAACGAGGCUCCCUGUGCUCACCUGCGGAUGUUGGGAUGGAAGCUCGGCGUGACAGGACCCUGGGGGCGUGUGGGUGGCUCGCUCUGGCUUGGGCUUUGCAUUAUCUUCCCUUCUACGCGAUGGGAAGAAUUCUUUAUUUCCAUCAUUAUUUCCCUGCCCUUCUCUUCUCCUCCAUGUUGACUGGUGUAAUCUUGGACUACCUAUUUGAGUCCCUGCCUGGUCUGGUGCCCCGCUACCUGGCCACCACUGUGUACCCUACCCUCACUGGACUCUUCUACUCAACACUGGCCUACAGCUUCUACCUGUUCUCCCCGCUGGCUUACGGAAUGCACAAUUUGGAACCAGACUGGGAGAACCACACCAUCCACAAGAUGCGCUGGCUGGACACAUGGGAGUUCUAGAGAGAGAGAGAGAGAGAGAGAGAGAGAGAGAGAGAGAGAGAGAGAGAGAGAGAGAGAGAGGUUGUGUGGAUAAGAGGAAAGGAUUAGUGGGGUUUUGAAUGAGAGAGAGAGAGAGAGAGAGAGAGAGAGAGAGAGAGAGAGAGAGAGAGAGAGAGAGGUUGUGUGGAUAAGAGGAAAGGAUUAGUGGGGUUUUGAAUGAGAUUGAGAGAGAGAGAGAGAGAGAGAGAGAGAGAGAGAGAGAGAGAGAGAGAGAGAGAGAGAGAGAGAGAGAGAGAGAGAGAGAGAGAGGUUGUGUGGAUAAGAGGAAAGGAUUAGUGGGGUUUUGAAUGAGAGAGAGAGAGAGAGAGAGAGAGAGAGAGAGAGAGAGAGAUGGUACAAGUGAAAAAUUUACUAAAAAAAAACGAAACUGAAAAUUCUAAUGAUAAUAAUAAAAAUAGUAAAUAAAUAAACAAAUAAACAAAUAAAUUAAUUAAUGAAAGGUUGUGAUAAGAAUAUUAUGAAAAUUUUUAAAAGGAAUCUCAUUAAUUUUAAGUUUUUUAUUUAUUUUUUUGUUUUGCAUAUUUGUUUGUUUGUUUGUUUGUUUGUGUUGUUAAGUAAGUUUUUUUCUAUUUUAGGUUUAAAUUAACAAGAUUUAAAAGGUGAGGUUUAAAAAUUGUUGUUGUUUUUUUUUUUUUUUUUGCUUGUUUUAAUUUUGGUUAAGUUUGGAAAAUAUUCUGAAAUUUAUUUAUUCAGAGGUGGAGAGAAAUAUGUUUGUUUGUUUGCUUGUUUGUUUGUUUGUGGUGGUGUCAAUUAUUACUCUUCUUCCUCUUCUUCUUCUUCUUCUUCUUUUUGUUGUUCUUGUUCUUUAUUAUUAUUAUUAUUAUUAUUAUUAUUAUUAUUAUUAUUAUUAUUAUUAUUAUUAUUAUUCUCAAAAUUAGUAUUAUUCUUUUGUUUUUGCCCUAUUGAUGUUUAUAUUCAUAGUUAUUAUUACUAUUAUUACUAUUACCAUUAUUGUUAUUAUUAUUAUUACUUGUUUGUAUGUAUGUAUGUCUGUUUCACUUCUAUCUUCGUUUCUCAAUAAUUCAUCUACUUAAACUUUUCAUUUUUUUUUUUUUAUUAAUUAAUUUUAGAAUCUUGGUCUCAAUUUAUCUACUUAAAGAUUUAAUUUAUUUGAUUUAUUUUUAUUUAUUUUUUUAAUUUUGGUCUCAAUUCAUCUACUUAAUUUACUUUUUAUUUAUUUAUUUAUUUAUUUGUUUAUUUAUUCAUUUUUCUGUAUGUUGGUUAAUUCAAUGUAUUUUAUUUAUUUAUUUAUUUGUUUACUUCUUUAUUUUUCUCUGUUCGUUAAUUCAAUGUUUAUUUUAUUUAUUUGUUUAUUUUCUUUAUUUUUCUCUGUUGGUUAAUUCAAUGUUUAUUUUAUUUAUUUAUUUAUUUUCUUUAUUUUUCUGUUGGUUAAUUCAAUGUUUAUUUCAUUUAUUUAUUUAUUUUCUUUAUCUUUUUAUUAUAUAUAUUGGUUAUUUAUAUAUAUUGGUUACUACAAUGUUGGUUGGUGUAAUGUUGGUAGGACGAGCAAAUGUUUAUAGUGAUGCUUCUAGAGUUAUAUAUUUUUCCAUAUGAUGAUGAUGAUGAUGAUUAAUAAUAAUAAUUUCGUAAUGUUUAUAAU